UUUAAGCAAAGACCACAGUGAGCGUAUGAAAAAGUCAUAUUCCAGACAUUGCCAUGGAAAAUGCUAUCAUUGAUCUAAACCUUAACGGCAGGGUGUUCCGCUUGAAGCGCUCCACAUUCCAGCGAUUACCUAUUGCUUGUCUGGAGUACGGAGAAGAUGGUCAAGGCGAGGUGUAUCUAGAACGCCAUGCAGACUGCUUUGAUGCUGUUCUUUGGUAUUUUACAAACGGAGAACUUCAUAUGCCUAAUUCAAUAUGCCCAGCCGUGUUUAAAAAGGAACUGGAGUUCUGGUCAGUUGACCCAAGUAAGCUGUCUCAGUGCUGUUACAUGAAAUACCUUUCGUUCUUUGAAGAUCAGAAAUUGCUUAAAACAUUUGAAGAGGACGAGAAAAAGUCCACGGGAGUAGGAAAACCCCCUAAAAUUGGAAGGAGUAAGUUGGAGAAAUUUCAGAGUAAAGUCUGGAGGACUCUUGACGAUCCAUCAUCCUCAGUUGCAGCAAAGAUAUACGUUGGUGUGUCGGCAUUCGUCAUACUUAUGUCCAUCUUUGUUCUCUGCGUAAGUACUCACCCUGCAUUCCAGAGAGAACUGCAGUAUGAUGAACUCGAGGCUUACUACAGUUCGGACCCGGAAAAGCUGGCUCAGGUCAAAGGUCUUCGUAACAAACCAAUCAGGAAUUCCGACGACAGCAAAGUUAAAAAAGUAUCGCCUAUUUCACCAAUAAAAGUCAAUCAUACAUUUUUGCCAGACCGGAAGCUGAACAACACCAUUGCUAGUGACCACGAAAAUCAAACGGCGGAUCUUUUGCCACCGCCAAACACAGUUGCGAGAUACACGUAUUUGGACUACUUGGAUUAUGGUAUGGUGACCUAUUUUGGAGUGGAACUAAUUAUAAGAAUUACGUUUUGUCCGAAAAAAUCGAAAUUUUUUUCAUCCUUACUUAAUAUUAUUGAUGUCAUAGCAUUUUCUUCGGAAGUUGCUACUAUGACAUUUGAAUACAUAUUCCCAAAGGAAAAGUAUAUCAAAUUUUCCGCUUUGGACAUCGUAGAAUGCAUUCAGAUAGCUAGAGUGUUUCGUCUUUUUCGUUUAGUGAAAAAUUUUAUCGGCUUUCGCAUAUUAAUUUAUUCCGUACGUGCAAGUCUAAAAAAUAUGUUGCUGAUGAUUUUCAACUUACUUGUUGCCGCCCUGAUUUUCUCCUCGAUUGGAUUCUACUCGGAUAGAGCCACUUUUGAAUCGAUACCGGAUGCAAUAUGGUGGGCUAUUGUUACCAUGACUACAGUUGGUUAUGGCGAUUCCUAUCCAAAGAAUAUUCCGGGUAGAUUUAUUGGAUGUCUGUGUGCCAUCUCAGGGAUAUUUGUGAUCGCCGUGUCCAUUCCAGUUCUUGUAAAUAAUUACAUUCUUUUUACAGGUUUUGCUAAUUUGCCAAUAAAAAGGCACUCAGAGGGUCUUACGUCAUUGCUCAAGUCCGAAUUUGACUCCAGGAGAGAAAGGAAGCAUUCACAAGAGACGGAACCAAUGACUUCCAUACAAAGUUCUUAG